AUGGAGAAAUGUGAUUCCAAAAGGCCUUUGCCUAGUUUGAGGUACUUAAAGCUGAGUAACAAUGGUCUUGUUGGUAAAAUACCAGAAUGGUUGGGUCAGUUGAAAAAUCUUCAACAACUUAGAUUAGCUUUCAACUUUUUUGAAGGACCUAUACCAGCUUCUUUAGGAAAGCUUCCAAAUUUGGCCAACUUGGUACUUUCAAGAAAUCAGCUAAAUGGCACUCUACCGGAUAGUUUUGGACAGCUUACUGAAUUGUCUAUUCUUGAUGUUUCCUCUAAUUUCCUCACAGAUUGGAAAUCUUGCCAUUUAGGUCCUUCUUUUCCUACUUGGCUCAAGUCUCAAAAAGAGCUCAAGUUCCUAGAUAUUUCAAAUGCAAGUAUCUCAGAUUCCAUUCCAGGCUGGUUUUGGGACAUUUCUUCUAGUUUAUCCCUGCUGAAUUUCUCUUUUAAUCAGUUAAAUGGUGAAUUACCAAAUCCAUUUCCAGCAUUUCCCUUUGCAGAUAUAGAUUUGAGUGAAAACCUAUUAAAAGGAACCAUUCCAUUACUUAGUGCCCCAUUUGAAUUGCUUGAUCUAUCAAACAAUAAGUUUCAAGGUCACAUUCCUCAGAAUAUAUCUGAAGUCAUGCCAGACUUGAUAUUUCUGUCUCUUUCGGGUAACGAAAUUUCCGGUGAAAUACCAGCUACUAUUGGAAUGACCCUUUUUCAAGUCAUUGAUCUAUCAAACAAUAAACUAACAGGAAAUGUCCCUUCAAGCAUAGGGAAGUGUUCUUACUUGAAAGCUUUAGACCUUGGGAACAAUAAUCUAUCUGGCUCAGUUCCAAGUUCUUUGGGCCAAUUAAUCCAGCUUCAGUCAUUGCACUUAAAUGACAACAAAUUCUCUGGAGGGGUCCCCUUUUCUUUGAAAAAUUUAUUUAGUUUGGAGACACUUGAUCUAGGCAACAACAGGCUAUCCGGAAAGUUCCCCGCAUGGAUCUCUGAUGGUUUUCAAAACCUUAGAAUCCUAAUCCUCAGAUUAAGGUCAAAUUCAUUUUACGGAGAGCUUCCUUUAGGAAUGUCAAGUCUGAGCUCAUUGCAGGUCCUUGAUCUUGCAGAAAACAACUUAACUGUCAACGUUCCAACAAGCAUAAGAGACCUAAACGCAAUGGUACAAGAGCAAAAGAUGAAUGAGUAUCUGUUAUAUGGGAAGUAUAGAGGGAUUUACUAUGAAGAAAGCUUGGUAGUAAAUUUGAAAAACCAGUUCCAAAAGUACACCAAGACUCUAUCACUUCUUACCUCAAUAGACUUGUCUAGAAACUCUUUAUUAUCACAAUAUAUAGUCAAAGGUGAUAUUGGCUUACCCCAUAAUGGAAUAUCUAUCAGCAUACUUCGCAGCCAAUCAGCUUCUUCUCCAGUAGAAGACAUAGCGAUAAAUUUUGACUCCAUGGUUGAAAACAACUUCAAUGGAGGUUUUCCUGUAGAAUUGACGAAGUUGCAUGGCCUCAUAGUUUUGAACUUGUCUGGAAACCAAAUCAGUGGACAAAUUCCAGAAAACAUUUCAAACUUACAUCAGUCGGCAUCGCUUGAUCUCUCGAGUAAUAUGCUUUCAGGUGCCAUCCCAUCAAGCAUGGAAUCAAUGUCAUACCUGAGCUAUCUUAACUUCUCAAACAACAAUUUAUCUGGUAUGGUUCCUUAUAAGGGGCAGAUGACAACUUUUACGGCGUCUGCAUUUGAGGGGAAUCCCCAUCUUUGUGGAGCUCCCCACUUCUAUUAUUAUGCCAAAAUGGGAACUCAGACAAUAGAACAACACUAG